CAAAACGAACCUGCCAUGCAGCACUCAGUAACACGGUGCUUUCUCCUUUCGGUUGGAGCUGUUUUUUUCAGCUUUUGUCUGGGAGAGUCUUUGGCUCAGCAGGAGCAUGAAGACACAUACAGAGCCCUGCAGCUUGAGGCUCUGAAGACAAGUAUUUUGGAGUUCCUAGGGAUGGAUACACCACCUGGGCCUGGUGGAACGCCUUCUCACCAGGACCUGGUUAGGAUGUUUCGUCAGUAUAGGAGAAUAAAACAACUGCUUAGAGGAAACUCUAGUCAAGCAGAGGUGCUUCAGCAACCAAGAAGAGUCUCUACAGUGCUCUUUCCCAUUACAGUUUGUAUUAUUCUAACAGUGGAGCCUCUUAAUUCUACCGCGGAAUUAAAGCAACAGUGGUUCAGAGUUGCCUUCCACAAGAACUUGCGCAUCAAAAAGGGACUCACCUUUAAAAAGGCAAGGCUGCGAAUUCAAAGACCAUACGUGGACAAAAUUACAUGCGGCCAGCCAUGGCUCUCAAAGGACAUUCUGGUUAGAAUGCAUAAACCCCCUGGUUUUCAUACAGAGACUGUAUUUCAUUUGAAGGACUUGAGCACUCAAGAUGUAAUGUUGGAUUUGACAGUCGUGGUUGAGAAGUGGCUUAAGGACAUCAGUGCUGAGCUUUUAAUUGUUGAAAUUUGCCUCAUCAAAAAACAUGAAGGAAGUGUUCCCUCUACCCCUCGGAUUAAAUUAGAAGUUCGCCACUCGGCGAGGAGAGUCAAGAGAGCUCAGUCUGCUAAGGAGGAAGGCCUUGAAGUGGAAGGUCACUGCAGGAGGAAGUCACUUAAUGUUUCCUUUAAAGAGAUUGGCUGGUCGGACUGGGUCAUUGCUCCCUCAAGCUACACAAUGCACUUUUGCGAUGGUUCCUGUCCACAUAAUUAUAAACCUGCCAGUAUGCAUACUCAAGUAAAGUCUCGUCUGUAUCUCCUGUCCAAGGGAACGACACCUCGGCCUUGCUGUGUACCAGCUGCCUAUGAGCCAAUGGUUCUAAUGCAUUAUGACAGUCGUGGACAGUUAAAGCUUACACCCUUCAAUGAUUUGAUAGUUAGCAAAUGCCACUGUGCAUGAACCCUGCAGGCCAAAUUUAAAAUUCAAUUGUAACACAUUUUUUAAGGAUAUUGAUAAUCCACAGGCUACUGUAUUCGCAAAUGGUACUAAAAAAAAGAUCAAAUGGAAGCAAGAUGUCUGGGCAAUGAAAGGCAAAACAAACUGAGUAAUUCUCACACUGAUUCAUUACAUGCCGUACAUUUAUAAAAUAGUUUUAUUUCAUCAGAAGCCAAAUGCCAGAAGCCAAAUGCAUAUUUUAGGCUGUUGAAAAGUCAUUGUAUUUUCGUAUGACUGGCAUACUGGAGGAUCAAGUUGUUUAUUGUAAUUUAUUUGGAAUAUUUUAUACUGUUCUUUGCUUGUUGGUAGCUGUUGCAAAUGAAACAAGUGAAACUUUUCUGUAUUUUGCAAAGACUGUUAAUAAAGUAUAUUCCUGUAAGGAAAUAAUAAUAUAUUUUCAGUAUGCACGUUUAGCCCAUCAUUAAUAGGUGAAUCUCUGUUCUCUCAAAACAUUUAAAUAAAGAUGAUUCGACAUUCUGUCUUAAUAUAAUAUAUAUAUAUAUAAUAUCCUCUCAUAUUUGUUGUACAUAAACCAUAUCAAGACUGAGCUGCUGCUAUAAAAACUCUAAAAGACACUGGUGUUAAAAAGAUUUUUAGCUAUAUUACCACCUCAAACUAAAAUUAACAUAUGAUUAAAUGGUGGAGAAUUAUCAGAAUGAGUCAUCUGUGUAUGACUCACUUUAAUCAUGUGAGUGAUUGAAACACUCAAAAAUGAAUUUGCACCAUAUAUGUACAUACAGUACAUGCCUCAGAGAAUGGUGUAACCUUUUCAAAUUGCAUUCUUUUCAAUAAACCUCUUAUAAUAUCUUCUCAAUUCUAGAUAUAAUUUCAAGGUCUGGUCAUGCCUUAAAGCAACUGAAGAUAUGGCUGUCCACAUCUUACAGCUGUAGCCUUGAAACCAGACAUACGUUAGUGACACACUUUGGCCUUGACCAAAGUGCAUGUUCUCUGAGCCAAACUCACCAAGCUUUCAGCUUUCUGACUCAUUAGUGACUCACACUGUAAAAAGUGAUAACCUUUGAUUGUUACCUUAAGGAGCUAUUUCUACCUGAUCCAGCCCUUAAAAUUAUGUUUGUUGGUGUAACCUAAUGCAUAAAGUAUUCUGGUUGGUUUACCAAUAUUAAAUAAUGUUUUAAAUAUAUAAUUUAGAUGUUACCACAUGAAGCACAGAUUUAGGUUAACAUUUUUCAGUGCAGCAGUUAAAUAUAAAUAAUACUGUGUAAAGAUAGCCCAUAAACAUUUGUAUACUCUACAGGACUUGUUGACUCAAUAAUCUUGAGAUACAUUAUCAGAUGUAUUAUUAUAACAUAAUCAAAUAACUUCAUUGAUAAUGAUAACAUUAACAAUUGUAAUCUUCAUAAGAUAAAAUAAAGCCAUAAAUUAAUUAAUUUCAUUGUACUUCUUUUGUUGUCAUUAUCAAUUUUAUUUGCCAUUUGUCAGUAGCUUUAAAAAUUACAAAAAGAAAAACCACCAGCUUAUGUUUCGAUAAAAUUGUCUCAAUAGCUAAUAUGUUCCGAAUUAAGCUUGAUAAAACUUGUUGCAUUUGUUCUCUACUUUUUACAUGGAAAAGCAGUCAGUGUGCAGUAGAUUCUAAGGAAAUGCACCCAUCUGAUUAGAGGGUGUGCCAGUAGCUUGGUACAUUUACACUGACAAAGGGAAUACAGUAAAUGGGGAUAGGAAAGUCUCUAAAAGUCUCUUGUGAUAUCUAAAGUCUGAAUCUGACAACAGACUGAUUAUGUUGUCCUUAAUCUCAAAACAUGAAGGCACUGCUACCACAUAAAGAAAGAAAUUAAUGGGACUAGACGCC